GAGUCUUUAAAAUUGUGAAGGGGUUUGACAAGGUUGACAUACAGUUGAAACUUUUGCUAGUCAGGACGUAAACAUAAGGUCGAUAUUCAUAAAUCCGACAAGGAAUCCUGGAGAAGCUUCUCUCUCUGCAGAGGGUGGUGAGAAUGUGGGACUCGCUCCAUCAGAGUAGCUGAGGUGAACAGUAUAGCUGCCCUUAAGGGGAAGUUAGAUAAACACAAGAGAGAAAGGAACAGAAGGAUAUACCCGUUGGCUGGGAUGAGGCUUAUGAGAUUGCUGGAGAUGGCACAGCUCAGCUCGGUCGUGGCGGUUGCUGCCGCCAUCCUUGCUGCCAUGAUCUUCUCCUCUGUGCACAAAGUCGAAGAGGGUCACAUCGCUGUUUACUACAGGGGUGGUGCAUUACUAAAGGCAACAAGUGGUCCAGGAUUCCAUCUGAUGCUCCCCUUUAUCACUACCUUCAAAGCAGUACAGAAUACCGUGCAAACGGACGAAGUAAAGAAUGUUCCUUGUGGCACAAGUGGUGGUGUAAUGAUCUACUUUGAUAGAAUUGAAGUGGUGAAUUUCCUCAUUCCAAGCGCAGUGUAUGACAUUGUGAGGAACUACACUGCAGACUAUGACAAGACAUUGAUCUUCAACAAGAUCCACCACGAGCUGAACCAGUUCUGUAGUGUGCACACUCUGCAGGAGGUCUACAUUGAACUGUUUGAUCGGAUAGACGAAGACCUUAAGUUGGCACUACAACAAGAUUUAACAGCCAUGGCUCCUGGACUGAUUAUCCAUGCAGUGCGUGUAACCAAGCCCAACAUUCCAGAAACCAUCCGGAGAAACUAUGAAUUGAUGGAGAGUGAAAAGACAAAAUUACUAAUUGCAGCGCAGAGACAGAAGGUGGUGGAGAAGGAAGCGGAGACCGAGCGGAAGAAAGCACUCAUCGAGGCAGCAAAAGUUGCACAAGUGGCCGAGAUUAAAUUUGCACAGAUGAUCAUGGAGAAGGAAACAGAAAAGAAGAUUUCUGAGAUUGAAGAUGGUGUGUUUGUUGCGAGGGAGAAAGCUCGAGCAGAUGCAGACUUUUAUACAGCACAACGGGUGGCCGAAGCUAACCGGUUGAAGUUGAGCCCAGAGUAUUUGCAGUUGCUGAGGUACCGAGCGAUCGCCUCCAACAGCAAAAUCUACUUCGGGAAGGAUAUCCCCAAGAUGUUCCUGGACUUGAGCACCAUGACACCUGGCGCAGUGGGCAAAACAUCAGGGGAAGCAAACUCAUCGCCUGAGGUUGAAAACAGCCUGUAGGAGUUUGAGGGCAAGCUAUAAUGAUGUGAAUGGACCGGUGGGUACAGCCUGGUAGAAACCACUGUGAACUAGCUCUAAUAGAACUGAGGUGUUUCAAAAAGGACAUCGCCCACAUUCUUUGUUUUCUCCUCAGCUCAAUUUGUCACUUCAGCUGAGCUCCUUUGCUUCCUUUAACUGCAAUUAUACUGCCACUUGCGCUCCUGCUGUUUGGAAUGAACACCGAGACUGGCAACAUAACUCCUCAGAUUACAGAACCCACUGAAGUCCCUCCAGGAGUGCAUCUUAUACUGUGUGCAGUAUAACUGCAGACUAAGGCUGCAGCCAAAGCUGUGAAAAAAAGUCUCUCCUGUCUCAGGUUGAAUUAGUGGCUUUGGAAACUUGAGUUUGCUCCUGUGUGCCUGUGUAUGUGAGAGAGGUUAUAUGGAAGAGUGAGGGAGAAAGAACUGAGUAACAUAUCCUGAAAAUAUGCUGAUGGCAUUGUAACCUAGUCAGAUGAAGAAAUUUGUUCUGUCAUAUUAAAGUCGUCGCCUGAGAUUAUUUACUAAAACUGCUCGGUCCAUUUAAAGGACUUGCAUCCGUCAGUAGGUUUUGAUAUAGGGGCCCAAGCUCUGGGUCUUCGAAUACCAGUGUGCACUGAAUUUGUGAAUAUUCUCCUGCUAUCUUAACAAACACUAAAUAUUGGACAGCUUCACGACCCAAUCGCUUUCCUUGUCCACCUUGCAGCAGAUGACUUGGACCAACAAUGCAUUGAUUUCAAAAGGGCCCAGUAAAUUGGGUGGAGAUUUGUUUCACUCAUCUGUUUAUCCAGCCAGCAUCAACUAUUGGCUGCUUCUUGCCACAAGUGAGUUGGUCCAGCUCUUGGCUCCCUUUUUGAUUGAAUCAGCUGACCUGACUGCUUCCUUUCCAUUUGCAGCAGUGGGUAAUCAUGUGAAACCUUCUGAGAUGUGAUAAGACCCGAUAUAAACACAAAUAUAUUUCGAUUCUAGGAAGCUGCGACCAUCUGUCUUGCAAAGCAGGUUGACACGGCUUGCUUUUGCAGUAAUAAUUUGACUUCAGAUCCAAUAUACUGAGCAGUAUAGGGCAUAGCAUUUCCCUAUAAGACGCACCAUCGAUGUUGCUGAACUUGGGUGCAAGUCUGUGCUGUCCUUCAACCCUCAUGACGGGAAAAGGAGUAAAUUGCAGAAGAUCCAUUUCUUUCAAGUGCCUUCUCUGAUUCACACAUUGCUUUUGGUAAUGUGGAUUGAAUUUUGUGGCAAGGGGAAUGAGAGGAUUGAAUGAUACGACAAUGGCCUUUGCAGGGUCUCUCCCAGCUCUGGGCUGCACUCUGCAGUCAGUCUGCCCACAGGCAAGUUUUGAGAGGGAGGUAAAUGGGUUUAGCUGCUGUAGCCUGUCUCUUUGUGAUUUGGGUCACUGCUAGCCAAAAAGCAAGAGACCACUCAGUUGUCAGGUUCAAGACCCUACAGCAUCCUGGUUCCAAUUUCAAGGUUAAUGCAAGCGGAACAUCCACACAAGGGAGCAACUUCAGCCAUGGAUUUUACCCUAGUACAGAUUGUGUAUGUAAAUCAUUUACACAAGAAUUUGCUGUGGCAAUGAAGGAACUGAAGCUAGCACAUUUCCCUCAGUACUCACUGGCUCUUGUGCAUUUGGCUGUGUCGCCUGUUGUGUGACUGCUUUGCUGCAAGUCUCCUAUAAGAAUCACUGAGGUGAGAUUGCUGUUCAGAUUCCUCGGGAACAGAAGUCUCACUAAAUGUAGCCAUUAUUUCCAGGCUGAAUCAAGAAGGGUCAAAUCCCUCUGAAUGAUACCUUUACAGUUGUGUGAUCCAACCUGUGAUGAUUCCCUUUGAAAACACUCUUUAACUUUUACUGGCCCCAACAGUUUAGUAAUAGUGAGAAUGCAGUUGUUCUUUCUCUGGACUGUGCAUGUCAUAUUGCACCACCUAGCAUUUGGCCAGGCCAACUUCCAUCCCCACCCUCCCUCUCCUGCCUUCCGUUCCCUUCCUUUUCUUUGCCUUGCACGGCCCAGUUAUGUUGACAGUUUUCAUUGUUGGUGUAUCAACAGCCGUGCAGUUAUUGCAGUAAAAAUAGGAGGGCGGAACAUCUACUCGCAGGCCCACACUAGCCAGAAUCAAUCCACACAGUUUGGCUGAAAGAUGAACCGCACCAACUUAGCACAACGUUCAAAGCAGGUCAAGGCAACCACAAAAUUGCUCUGCUACUGACUGUAGUUGAAGACAUUUUUCAGAAACAUUCCCCUGUUUUGCAGAUGAAUAUGAAGCUAGUUACCUUUGUGUUUGCAGAGCGUGAAGAACAAACAGUUCAGAGGCACUUGCAGCACUUUGGGCUGUGACCAUCAGGAUAUGAAGCUAGUCACUGUAAUCAUUGGGUUUGUCGAACUGAUGACUUAGCUCAAUAUCUAAACCAGAAAUAUGAAUAGAAUCUUUGGAAUGACAGCUAUUCUCCCUCAUCAGGAAAUAUUGAAUCAAUUUUUUUAUAAUGUAAUCGAACUGGAUUCAAAUCCUGUAUGCACUUCCUGCUUUAAAAUGCCCACAUCCAUCAUCAUAAUGGGAACUUCCUAUGUAAACACGUCACAUUGAAAUUAUACAGUGACUUGUUUACAUAGGUUGUUUCUAUUAUAAAUGUGGAUAUAAGAACCUAUAAUGGAAAUCUGAAGAAGUAAUUUCAUGUUAAAACAGGGCUUAUUUUCUGUCUGCAUGUCUUCAGUCAGUUAUUUUCCCUCCCACACCACCCCAACCCCACUAACACUGCUUCGUUUGAAUCCCCUGGUUCAUUUGGAGAUUGCCAAGAAUCUCACUGGCGUCAAGGGUUCACACAGGGGAGAAACUCUAUCGGUGUGAGUACUGUAAUAAAGCUUAAUUAUAAUCUAAUAAUUAAAAUAUAAUCUAUAAUAAUAUAUAAUAAUCGGGUUGUCUCUCAACUUGAUUCAAGAUGACCACGGAAUGCUAAGUGAAGCUGACUUGCAUUUCUGUUAGCCUGCAAGGUUACAGCCCACCGACGAGCGCUGCUCUGGGGGGACUGCCUAUGGGAUGAGGGAGUGGGAACCUAAUGCUGUCCCCUCUAUUUCAGAGUGGCGGCCGUUGCGCAAAAAUUAAUCCCACUUUAUGGUGCUGCUGCUUAUCAACCUCUGGGUGAACAAGCAUUGGGAUUGAAAUUCACAAAAGCCUGACUGGAUGUCAUUUUCCUAAUUCAGUUUCUUUUUCACCCCCCCCCCCCCCCCCCCCCACACAAAGAAAACCAGAUCAUGACGUUGUGGAUGAUUCUUUGAGCAGGACGGGUAGAUGAGUUAAUUGCAGGAGGGUGUGAUUUUUGGAGCUUCGUGGUUACUUGCUCUGAGAAGAUGAUUGAACGCAAUCCGAGAUGUGUGUCUGAAUUUUGAAUGAUUGAAAUUCUUUCCAGGUGGUGGUCUUGUCCCGUUUCAUUCCAACUGUAAUUUUGUUUCUUGACUGUUCCUUCUUUGCAUUUGAAAUGUUGAAUUCUUUUGGGAAUUUUUUUUCAUGAAACCUGAUCUGUUGAUUUUUCAGUGUCCUGGUACCUUACAAUAAAACAGUCGAUGUGUU